AUGUAUCGGAAGCUUCCUUGGACCAAUCCAAUGGAGCUCGAUAAAGCGAGAAUCGAGCGGUACCAGCGCCAGCUUCGGGAAGAUGAGACCCAGAGCCAGAGCCAUGGCGCCCCCAAGAACUCGAAAACAGCUGGGCGCGUGGCAAUGCUUGACGACCUCUACCUCCCAAUCCUUCUAACAACCACAAAGUCAGCCUUUAUCGCCUGCAGCAGCGAUGGCUCAGCUUCUGCGAAAGGAUGGGCAGACGGGGCGGAUUGGAAGGCUCUGCUGAAGACUCUGACCUUUGACAAUAAAGACCUCGGCGGGUCCUUCAUUCGAUAUCUCAUGCGGGACUAUAAUCUCCGCUGGAACGGAUGCACCAUCAACUCAGAGAACUCAAUGCAAGUGUAUACAAGGAGACUCAGGGGACUGUACAAGAAGUACACGGCCGAGCCGUGGGACGACAACCUCAGGGACCAUCUCCGCCAAUAUGCCAAGAUUCUCAUCACACCGAAAUGGAAGUUGAGACGAGAGCCCAAGGCCAAGCCUACCAUGGGCCCUGAUUUCUUCAUCUAUCAUAUCCAUUUCCUCUGGGUACACGAUACGUCUCAUUUCCAUAUCGGGUUGGACCGACUCGACGACGCGACUGUCCGCCACUUUGCCAUGUACACCGGCUGUCAAAAGCACGAGCUGGUUUAUGCCAAACCCCCAUACCUCGACAAAAUCUUGAAGACGACUGCUGAGGACACGGACGCGUACACCGACGUGGAAAACGAUACGGACGAAUGUGUGCGGCGUCGACCUAAGGAGUGUUGGUUGAGGGUCCUCUGCUGGGAGGAUAUCGAUUUCUGGAUCCUCCGCGAUCCCGAGCGCAAUGGGGGGCGUGCCCGCCUCGCCAUGCAGGUUCUGCACAAGGGCGAGAACAAGAAGAUCGUACCGACAUGGUUUACCUUUAUUGGAGAGGACAUGCCCGCUCUUUGUCCGGUAUCUCACGUCCUUGCUAAGGCGCUGGCCGAGGGUGAAAUUGACGCUCCGGGUUAUCAGACGACGGCAGAGCCCUUCUUCAGCACCAAGCUCAACCAGCCUUCGAUUCAAAUCAAAUGGAAGCGGGAGUGGUUGCAUGGGCCUGUGUUUCGGAGGACUCUUGACGAUCUAGGCAUCAAGUCCAAUGAGCCGUUGACAGCUGGGACCUUCGACAGUCACUCCAUACGGUUAGGGGUUGCAAUGGGCCUCCUGGCACACUUGACAGAAUACGCCUACCGGAGAGGGUUCGCUAAUUGCGUUGAUGAAAACUAUCGCCAAUCGGUUCGGGACCAAGGACUUCGCCACCGCCCGAACAGCACAAUCUACCAAGAGGCUUAUCACAACGCCAACUGCCAUGCUAUCGUUCAGGACGUCUUCCUCGGUCGAGGUACCGCGACCCUCUACCUCGCCAUUUCCAACCACAUCGGCUUGCGUCGAGAUGAGAAUGCACCGAAGGUGGUCUCUGACGAAUUGAUGUGUGAUAUCGGCCCUAGCAGCGACGUGCGACGUCUUGAGGAGGAGGUGAAGAAGAUGAAAGCCGACCUCGAAGAGAAGUACGGCCGUAUAUCAUCAGCGCCAAAGGAAGACCAGUCAAGAUACGCUCGCAAGCGAGAAGAGCUGCGAGUAGCAAGACAGAAGCACCGGAGGAAGGUGUUCAAGAUGAUUUACAAAGAUCACUUUGACGCUAGGGACGAAGAAGAGCCGUAG